AAUAUUGGUGAGCAGCGAUGAAGCAGGUAAAUAGCUACAGGUGUAAAUAAACUUGUUUGUGGAUUAUUCAUUUCCACAUGCAUUUCUCCCAAUACGUGUUCAAAGUAAACCAGGCUAAUAAGAUUCAUAGUGGGAGGGUAGAAAGCCGUGUAUCUACCAUUCAGACGCACAUACUCCAAGCAGAAGCCAGAAAAAGAGGGAGCGGGCGAAAAACGGCCAGUAAUGGUCAUCCACACACAAGUACACUGUAGGUGUGGUGUAGGGAACAAGAGUUGUGUCUGAGGCAUGGAGUUAAGACUAGUGUAAUUCCAGGUGCGUAUAAGAGCGUCAUGGAUAAAGCGAAACUAGCGCAGCUGAGAUCAGCGAUAGGGAAUGUCGUGGACGCGUUAGUCAUCAGCAGCCUCGGUGCAGACACCGGCGCCUUUACAGUCUCGUUUUUCGUCGUCGUGAUGGUUUAGUGAUGUAGAUGUUCGAGACGCACAGGCGGGAGCGCCGUGUCUUCACACAUAGUGCACUUGUUUCUCUACUGACUUCCACUGAUCGGUUUGGGUGAAACAACAGACUAAACAUGGAUACGCCGAGGGAAACCAGGAAACAAACAAUCAAAGCCAAAUCAGCCAAGCGCAAGAAUAAUACGCACAAGUCCCAAAAGCUGUUCAGAAGGAAAUCGUUAAAAUCGCUUGGAAAUUUUAUAAGCAGGAUUGUCAAAACUUUGGGCACUUUGGCACACUUGGGGGACGCAGACCAGCCGGACGCUGCGGCGGAGGAUGAUGAUGGUGGGUUUGGAGACACUCUGAGCGCCCACAACUCUGGGAAUUACAGAGAGACCUCGGUGAGGAAGACCGCUGCGCCUUCAUCUUCUUAUGGAUCUGUCAAAGAAAGACUGUCCUGGUGCUACGGCGAGAAAACUCCGGGAGUUCAGGGUCUGAAGAAUCACGGAAACACCUGUUUCAUGAACGCCGUGGUGCAGUGCUUGAGUAACACGGAACUUCUGGCAGAGUAUUUGGGUCUGGAGCAGUAUAAAUGUGAAUUAAAUGAGCGGAGGAUCAACGGGAUGAUGAGGAAUGAGGAGGUCAGAGGGGAGGUGACGGAGAAGCUGGCAUCGCUAGUGAGGGCGCUCUGGACGCUCGAUUACACGCCUCAGCUGUCGGUGGAAUUUAAGAGUGUUGUGUCCAAGUAUGGCUCUCAGUUCAAGGGGAAUGCUCAACACGACGCUUUGGAGUUCCUUCUGUGGCUCCUGGACUGUGUGCAUGAGGAUGCCAGCCUCUCCACCAACAACAACUACAGCAGCAAAACCAAAUCAUCCAGCAAGGGUUCUGUGGGAUUGGAGGAGAGUUCAUGCCCCAGCCCAGCAAACUCACAGCAGCCUGGAACUCGACACAGUUUCGUACAGGAGCACUUCCAAGCUCAGUACAGGUCAUCAUUGACGUGCCCUCAUUGCCUUAAACAGAGCAACACCUUUGACCCUUUCCUGUGUAUUUCACUUCCAAUCCCACUGCGACAGACUAGGGCCCUGAAUGUGAUUCUGUUGUUCAGCACUGAAGGUCAGCGGUUUCUGAGAGUAGGGUUGGCUGUGCCUCUGUUUGGGUCUGUCUCAACACUCAGGGCCAUGGUAGCAGAGGAGGGCAAGAUCUCUCCAGACCAGGUGAUUUUGACAGAGAUGAACUCAAAUGGGUUCCAGCGCUCUUUCUCUGAUGAAGAUGAUAUGACGAGUAUCUCAGAGAGUGAUGUCAUCUAUGCCUUCCAGGCUCCACCCCUCUUCACCAGAGGAGGCUCCAUGCGAUUCUCAGGGUUCCAUCACUCCCUCCCUUCCUCGCCCUACACUGCAGAGCCCGAAGGUCACAGGUUACCACCCUCAGGGACGUUAUCAUCAGAAUUCUUGAAUCUGGGUGGUUCUCCAAAGAUCCUUCUGUUAAUCUGCAAUGUUGCUGGGUCUGGCCAACAAGCUACAAGGUUUGGGCCUCCAUUCCUGAUGAGAGUAGAAAGGACUCUGUCUUGGGCUCAUCUGCAACAGAGUGUCUGCAAUAAGCUUUACUUAUUUAAAAAAAAUGCAAUCAUAAAGACUACUGAACUGUUUAGGAUGCGUGUGGUGGGUGGGUUGGCUUCCUGCAGUUACUUGUCUCCCCACGACAGCAGACCUCUCUGUCACCCAACCGUGGACAGAGCCCUGAAAUUAUGCGGUCCUGGUGGUCCUCUGCAUGUGAAGCUUGUGAUUGAAUGGGAGACCAGGAUCAAAGAAUGUCUCUUUGGUAACAUUCAAGAGGAAGUUAUUGAGGAUGCAGAGAGUGUGAAGAUCCAGCAGCAGAAUCAUGUACAGCAGCACAGCUGCACACUGGAUGAGUGUUUUCAGCUCUACACCAAAGAGGAGCAGCUGGCACCAGACGAUGCAUGGAAGUGUCCUCACUGUAAGCAGAUGCAGCAGGGGAUGGUGAAGAUGAGCUUAUGGACCCUGCCUGACAUCCUCAUCCUGCACCUCAAGCGUUUUCGGCAGGUGGGCAAAUGGCGAAACAAGCUCUCCACCCUCAUUCGCUUUCCUAUAAGUGGUCUGGAUAUGACUCCCCAUGUAGUGAAACGCAGUCAGAGCAUGAAGAAUCUGGCCCCGUUGCCUUCAACUUGGAAACAUGGAGAUACUGACUUCCUUUACGACCUGUAUGCAGUCUGCAACCACCACGGAGGCAUGCAUGGAGGCCAUUACACAGCCUACUGUAGGAACUCAGUGGAUGGCCACUGGUACAGUUAUGAUGACAGCAGUGUGGAGAAUGUGCCAGAUUUAGAGUCUGGCAGAAGGCCAAGAUGCACCAAAGACCCCAUUGUUGCCCUAAUGACUCGACCUUCAGAUAAAGAAAGCAGUAAAGACGAUGAUACGAAAAAACCCACAGCCAAAUCUUCAAGCCACAGCAGCCUCGGACCUCUAGAGUAUCUCAAAAUACCGCAGGGUCAAGAAACAAGUAGUUCAGAGAAAGCAAUGGGCCAACAACCAAGCAGCAGCAGUAGACCAAGUGAAGAUGGAACUUUGACCAGACGGAGCAGCAGGAAAUCAAAACAGGACCGAUCACAAUCCAGAAACGGCUCCGGCACAGGGAUCCAAUCCAAUUCCAGCGGUCCAAGAGGGUGGGAAACAAAAAAGAGGGAUGAUCCAAGCAAGGAGCAAGACCAACUAGAGGAGAAACCGAGAAAGGGACAGGAGACAAAACGUCCCGAUAGUGUCUUCGCUUUUCUUAAAGGCGGUUUCAUGAAGAAAGACUCGCUUCGGAGGUCUAGAGACAGUGAAUCUGUGAAAAGGGGUGAUGCAGAGGUGAAGAGCCCAUCUGGAGAUUCUCUCUCCAAUGGGACACACAAUAGAACUUCAGAAGGUAAAGCUAAUAGCACAAACCAAGUUCGUAGCAGACUCGGUGGCGAAUUUGCAAAUGGCAAGGUCAGUCAUGGGUCAUCAGACGUCAAACGCUCACAAAGUUCUUCCAAUAUUCAAAGCAAGGCUGAUCUAGGCUUAAGAAGAACGGCAUCUUUACACAGGAACGGCACAUCGACCCAGCCGCAGAGCGUUCCUAUGAACAGGGGCUCUCAGAAUACCCUGCAACGCACACGCUACAGCACAAACUCACUGGGCAGAAAGAAGGCAGUGCCUGAAUCAAGCUUCUGAGACUUACUUCACUACACCCAAAUAUCACAACAGCGUAGCAAAUAUCUAAAAGCCCACAUAAGAACUAUGGUAAGAAAGAUAUGUUUGAAAUGAUGGCAGCACACUAUGAAGUUGCACAUACAUUUGGAACUAGUGGAUGAUAUUUUUGUUCACUUUUUUCUGCUUAUAUGAAGUGCCUGUGAACCAGAGCUAUUUUUUAGAUUGUCGGAUUGUGUUUUGGCACUGGAAGUCCAUUAUACGCUGGCCUUUGCACCAUAAUUUUGAAUUGAAAAAUUAUUUGCCUCGGAUUUGAUUUUUAUGUGUCACUAAAUAGAUUUAUCACCUGUAAUACAUGAAGGGAAUUGCUAUAUAUAACGUUUUAGUUUCAUCUUUUAUGAUUCUGCAGAUUGUACUGACUGGCUGCUAACCUCCCAUGGGUUUUCAUGACAUUUAACAAAGAUGUCAGUUCUUGCACCUUCAGUGAAUUUAUUGCACCACUGUCUGACUUAAUCGUGCUCUCAGACCAAAACAUAAAGCUUAUUCAUUUUUGCUUGUUUUGCAGUAUGCAUUAAGACAUUUACAAAUCUGUAUUAUAAAAUUACUUUUAAAAAGUAUGAAAUCAAACUGAAUCUAAAACGUAUGCUUUAGGUGAGAUAUAUUUCUAUGGAUGGCAUGUUGACAACACAAUGUAUUAGACAGAACACCUUAGUAAAACAGUGUCACUUCUGAAAAGCACAAUCACAAUAACCACACCUUAUCACCAGUGGUUUAAUCUAUAACCUAACCACCUAAACCUAGUUUGAAUGCAGUAACAAGAACCUGUUUAACUUAAAGGACAGUACACCAAAAACAUGAAAAUUGUCAUUGU